GCAAACAGUCGAGCCGAGCAGUGCAACCCCAUCCGGACAGUAGAAGUAGUGCAUUCUGGGGGGAAAAAGGCUAAACCGCAGCAGUGAUACUUUUCUUUAGAAUUAAACAACCCAUCCAUCAAUAUUCUUGCGAAGAGGGCUAAUGUGCUUAACCGAUUGGCGUUCCGGAUCUUUUUUUUCCUGAAAGAAGGUUUUGAGUUUUUUUUCUGCAAGUGAACUCGACGGAAGUUCGGUUUCGCGAAAUAUAACGCACACAAUAUUUGCAGUUCUGGAAUGAUGAAUUCGGAGCUAUUUUCAUGCAUCCGUGCACUAUUGUGCAGUCGAGAGUGAAGUCUUGUGGAUUUUUUCGACGUGUCUUCAUUUAACGUCUCCCUCGGGGGGAGGAAAAGAUUCAGUACAAAACGCAGUUUUUGGCGAGUUUUCACAGACUAAUAACGGCGGAAAAAACUGGGUGCGGCGUAGUUCAACCGAAAUAGCCGCCCGUCAUAACAGGAUAGUUGUUCGGAACAAUGAUUCAACUCUGAGUGAAUACUCAAUCGAUAGUCCGAAAAAAUGAUCAGUUUCUGGAUUUGAACCCCAACUUGAAGCGAUAAUUUUCGAUAAUGUGAAGGUGUGCUGGAAAAAUCAUUUUCUUUUUGUUUAGUUUUUUUUUAAGUUUUGUCAGUGGUCAUUCCGAGGCCGAAUCUCUGGAUACACACAGUAGAGGAAAAAAAAAUCAAGUGGAAUACCACUUUAGUGAAAAUUAAUGAAAAAUCUGUGAUACCUGAAUGAAAUUGAAUGACAAUAAUUACAAGUGUAGCAUAAAAUGUUUUAAAUGUGAGCAUAAAAUUGUUAGCUAGUUUAUUAUAAGCAAACCAACAAGCGUGUGAAAAUUGCCAACGUACAGAAGAUCUAUUAUUACUGCGUAUUCUGAAAUCCUGAAAGGCGUGUACGAAAGGAGCCACAGAAAAGAGUGUCGCUUUGUGAAUUUUUCCGCGCUUGCACAACCGUGAAUGACCGCCAUUUUGCAAAAGCUUUGGGUUAUCCUUGAACCACAACCGCCAGCUCUCUCGCACCAUUAUUGCGAGCAAUUGCUCUCCGAACAAAAUUCUGAAUUUCCGCCGAAUUGAGCAGAGCGGAGAAAGAAGACAUCCAGAUACAACCAACCAACCAACAAAACGUCCUGCCAUAAUCACUCCAGCAUCGUCGCCAUCAUGCAUUUCAACAUUGCCGUCGGGUGUGGAAAGACCCACCGCAGGACCAAAAGCCAGGCGGCUCCUUUUCCAUCGACUGACGAAGCACUGCAUAAGAGACAACAGCACUGUCGCCCUCGUUGCUCCCGGUUCCGGAAUGUCACUGCUGCAUUUAAAGCCAGGGAUUUAGUUCUAGUAGGAUUGGCACUGAUAUCCCUACUAGCCGUCAAUGUGGAGUGCAGAGCUCCAGACCACUACUACGGACGGGAAAUCGGACACUUCAACAGUUUUGGCCACGGGGUGAAGGGCCGUGUGUUUGCCGUCGACGAGUCGACCCUAUUCGUGAAGGGAUUUGCCUACGAUGGCAGCGCUCCGGAUGCGUUCUUCUGGGUCGGCAACUCGCCGCGGCCCAGCCCCGAAGGCUACAUCAUACCCUAUCCGGAGGAGUACACAGGGAGAGAGCCACCGGCACUGGGACAGCACGAAAACUCGGAUAUUAUCCUAAAACUGCCGAUGGGUAAACGAUUACGGGACAUCCGUUGGCUGUCGGUUUGGUGCCGCAGAUUUACGGUCGAUUUUGGCGAAAUUUUCAUCCCACCCGGAUUGGACGUGCCCAAGCCGCGUGUUCUGCCCGAAUUCAAGCGGUUGGCUCACGGGCUCCGAUCGAGCAACAUCAGCAUCCUGGACGCAAAAACGUUCUACAUCCCCAACCUGCACUACGACGGUGCCGGACCGGACGCUUACUUCUGGGUGGGCAACGGCUCCGAACCGAACAUCAUGGGUAUCAAAGUUCCUAACGAGAUCGGAUCGCUGGAACCGUUGCGGGGCUACCAGGGUGAGGAUAUCGAGAUCCAACUGCCGGGCAACCUGACCAUGUACGACAUCGACUGGCUGGCGGUGUGGUGCGUCGAAUAUCGGCACAACUUUGGCCAUGUAUAUAUACCGAAGGAUUUGGACAUUCCGCCGGCCCUGGGGCAGACGAAGAUAGCGACGACAUCAUCGACGACACCGACGUUGAUUGCGCACGGAACUACGUCCAAACCGAAGAACGUAAACUGCAAGGAACUGUUGCGGGCAAAACUCAAUGUGAUGUGGGAAGUGGUCGGAGACUACGUGGAAAUCGAAUUGAUUGGACGAAUUCGCGAGGAUCAGUACAUGGCUUUCGGGAUCUCCGGCCGAAAUGGACACCCGCAAAUGAUUGGCGCCGAUGUGGUCGUGGCCUUCUACGAUCGCAAACAGCGACGUUUCCGGGCCGAGGACUACUACAUAUCCGCGCUGGCUCAGUGCGAUGGCAAACAGGGCGUUUGUCCCGACGAACGAAUAGGCGGUAAAAAUGAUGUAGAAUUGAUAUCCGGCGAUCGAAGCCAUGGUGUUACUCGAAUCAAGUAUCGUCGGUUGCUGCAAACCAACGAGGCAGUGAACGAUCAAGCAUAUCCUACGAACCGUCAAAUUUCAGUCGUCGCUGCCAUCGGUCCGUUGAACUCGCAGGACGAAGCGAACGCACACUCCCAUCAGGACGUAACGGUGGACGACAUCCAGAUCAACUUCUCGUCCAAAAACGAUCACUCGUGCACUGACGCGUUGGACAGUUUUCGCGACACCGGCGGUCCGGAACCAUGGCCAACUCGCGUUAUUAUCGGGGAGAAAACAAUCUCUGUAAAGAUCGGACCGACGGGUGGCAAGCGAGGAUACACUCCGAUCACGGGUCAUCCUUCCUGGGGAAUUGCGUGGUACCUGAAUGAUUUGCUGAUCCCGGAACUGUAUGUCGAGCGGGGUCAAACCUAUACAUUCGUUGUCGAAGGAGGAGAUGAUUCGACGCAACCUGCUAAGUAUCAUCCGUUCUACAUUACUGACUCGAGCGAGGGAGGAUACGGUCAGCUAACUGAUGCCCAACGCAGACGAGAAACUAUUUUUGCAGGAGUCGAGUAUGAUAAGGAUGGAUAUCCUACGCCGACCGCCGCCGGCAGGUACUGUGAAUGGAAGCAUAGAACGGUAGACAAAUCGGAGGAAACCGCAACAUUCGAAGAGUACAAGAAAACGCUAUAUCUGUCCUGUGAUGAUCCAGAUGGGCAGCCUGCAUUCCUGAACUGGACCGUUACGGAUGAUACGCCAGAUUUGGUGUACUACCAGUGCUACACUCAUCGAAAUCUCGGCUGGAAAGUCCACGUAGUAAACGCCGGUAUGACGGGUAAAAUCAACGGUUCGCAUGGUUUGAUCAUUGUUAGUUCGCACAGCAUAGCCCUACUGGUGCUGGCCGUGUGUAUUAGCUUCGUUUCAUCCAUACGACGGCCGCAGUUUUGAUAGUAACGGGGCAGAUUUAUGGCCCCAAGGAGCAGCCACCUCCAGGGCUGAACAUUUGCAUUUGUUCCACGUGGAAGUUACCCUGGUAGGAUAAGUUUAGCUAAGAAUCUAAUGCACUCGGCCAGCUGCCGGCAGCGAAUCAGCAGCUUUCGAUGAUGGAUUGGUUGAUUCGCGGUUCGAAGUUUGAUUCUAUUUAACUUAAUUUGUCACCAAAUGGCGAUUCAGAAUUCCGUGUUUGAGUUUAUUCAUUCAUUUAAAUUUGUUUCUUCCGCCAAUUUAGCCUGAACCUGUUAGGUAGUAACUAACCAGAACAAAUUAUUUUAUAAGUCCUAGUAUUUUACCAUUCUUGAAUGCCCUCUUUAUAUACCAAGGCCUUUCUUGUAAAAAUGAAGUGAGCAUAAUUUUAACUACUUCAUUUCAUAAUAUCUGUAUCCGUCCAAUGUGAGUGAACACAGUUGGUUGUUCCCUGAACUUUUCUUUUUUUUCGUGUUUCCCCAUAUGAACCAAUAUCGGAGGGUCAGUCCAUCAUCGAGGCUGCCCCGGAAGGCAGCCGUAAUGCGUAGCGAACAAAUUUACACAACAAAACAUUGAAAACAACCAUGCGAUAUCGCUUGAAAAACAUAUCUUUCGUGGGUGAAUGCGGAGGUGAGUAAUGCGCGUGAACUAGCUUUUUGUUUGCCGGAUUGGUUCGUGGAAGGAUUCGGGAUUCGGUUACCCUCCCGUAGCCGAUCGAUGAUGGAUCCGGUUUUGCUUGGCAUAGCCAACACUGCGUGUGUACGUUCGUUUCGAGUAGGCGCUAGCUAAAAGUUUGAAUUUUAUGGUGUGCGCGCGAACUAGCUCUUAGGUGACGUUAUGUUAUAGAAAACUAAAUGAUGAUUUUUGACAUAGAAUUGUGUAGCUCUAAAUUUCGAUCAUUUUGAGCCGCUUAACCGGCUGAUCUGUUGACCCGGCCGGUAUGCUUUGUGAUGAAUUUGGACCUGUUUUGUUCGGUAAUUUUGAACAAAGUAUGAAUUAAAGUUUUAACUUUGCGCACUUAUUGUGCUACUCAUAAACAACAGCAUGAAAUUGAAAUUUACACGCACAAUGGUUUUCCUUUCAGUUUAACUGAAAAGGACGACCAACCAAUUUGCUUUAGUUAGCAGUUCUUCGGGGACAACUUGCCCAACCUGUUAGUAAUGGCAAGUUUGAAAGCAAUCAGGCAAUCUUUUUCACUGGCCACUCCGUAAAGAUCCAGAAUUCGUACUUGCAUGCUUGCGUGUGAGGUGAAAAUAUUCCGGAGAUGACGACUUCUGUUUUUGUACGAGCGCUGGAAUAGUGCUGGAGUGCCAUCCAUAAAUUUGAAACUGUUAUAAUGCACCACAGUAUGAAACGCAAGAACUUCUUCUGCAGCUCAAAUCUUCUGAGCGGCUGGAUUUGAUUUUUGCACCACAUAUUUCGGCAUGGGUUUGGAAGUGGAUAACAAUUGAAUAUUCUUGCAAUGUUUUGGUGUUUGGAUAUGCUUUUCCAAAUUAGAUUUACCUGUAAUGAUUCAUCAUGGAUGACUUCAACCUUACUUUUCAACUUAGACAAAAUGUACAACAACGCUAUUAGCUGUCGGCACGUAUGAAUCACAUAUGCAGCAUUUAACCUCAUAAUCUUAAUGUCCUGUGACACUGUGACACUUUUAUUUGGACUUUUUAAAUGAACAACUGAAAAUUUAGCGACAAAACAUAAAAUCAACACUGUGGCCGGUGGUGAAACGAUAACGAAAACUCAGAAUGAAAACAGAUGUCGACUAACAUUUGAAAGGGGCGGAUAAGCCAA